AUGCAGAAACAUUGGUGGUCUAAGCAGAAUGCAGCAGCAAAUAUGGAGGGGGCAAUCCUGUUAGCUAUCAGAUGGUGCUUGGAACAGGGACUCCAGCUGGGGUGGGCAAAUAUCACAUGCAAAAUCCAAAAUCAACUGGUAGUUAACAGAAUAAACAAAGGCCUGGGCUUCUCUUCUGAUGUUGCUGUGAUUAUGGAAGAUAUUUUGUAUUUAGUUGAUCAGUUUGUUUCUUGUCAUUUUGUUGUAGAUGUAGAUGCUUGUAAUUCAGUUUGGACAAUGGCCAAUAUGGCUGAAGAGGAGACAUCAAUUCUGUGA